CGCGGCAUCAUCAUAUACCCGCACGCCGGUCGCAGCCACCAACCCAGCCAACCCGCGCCAGCCGCCUCGAUUCAACACCAGCAGCGGUCCACGGGUUGCUUGCUCCCGGAUUCCUGGUCAUGGGCAGCCUGGGCGGCGAGGAGGGGCGGAGGCGGCCGCGGUUCCUGUGCCUGCACGGGUUCCGGACUAGCGCCGAGAUCAUGCGGAAGCAGGUGGUGGGCAAGUGGCCCGCCAACGUCACGGCGCGCCUCGACCUUGUCUUCGCCGACGCGCCCUUCCCCGCCGAGGGCAUGUCCGAGGUUGAGGGCAUCUUCGACCCGCCAUACUACGAGUGGUUCCAGUUCGACCAGGGUUUUACGGAGUACAUGAAUUUCGACAAGUGCCUGGCCUACAUCGAGGAGCUGAUGAUCAAGGAUGGUCCCUUUGACGGAUUGAUGGGCUUCUCCCAGGGAGCAAUUCUGUCUGCAGCACUUCCCGGGCUCCAAGAACAAGGGCUGGCCCUGACUAGAGUUCCGAAGAUCAAGUACCUCGUAAUCAUCGGCGGCGCCAAGUUCCAGUCACCAACGGUGGCCGAGAAGGCGUACGCUAACAAGAUCAGAUGCACCUCUCUUCACUUCAUUGGUGACAAUGACUUCCUGAAAGUCCAUGGUGAGAAGCUCAUAGAAUCAUGUGUGGAUCCAUUCAUCAUACGCCACCCAAAGGGCCACACGGUUCCAAGGCUCGAUGACAAGAGCCUUGAAGUCAUGCUCGGUUUCCUUGAAAAGACUGAGAGGGAAACAUCUGAGCAUUCAUCCACCGAUGUUGACGAAAAGGAAGUGUGCUUGCGAUAAGAAUUUAGAUUACAACUAGUAUAUGAAUACCCAUUAUAUUCAUACUAGAUACUAUAGAAUAACAUACAAAUUGUAACCUCGUUAUUUAUGAGGCACAGCUAUUCUAUACCUCAAUUCAGAAUAUCCAUCGUAAUACCUUUUUCAUCACUUCAACACGAAUAUCUCUGUACCAA